GAGGCGCUGCCCCCGUGUCGCUGUGCCCCGGCAUGGCGCGGCAGGGAGCGGGGGCCAUGCUGCCCGCCGGGGGCCUCGGCUUCCCCCCGCAGAACCUGGCCCGGGUGGUGGUGUGGGAGUGGCUGAACGAGCACGGGCGCUGGAGGCCCUACUCGGCCGCCGUGUGCCACCACAUCGAGAACGUGUUGAAGGAGGAUGCGCGCGGCAGCGUGGUGCUGGGCCAGGUCGAUGUCCAGCUGGCGCCCUACAUCAUCGACCUCCAGUCCAUGCACCAGUUCCGGCAGGACACGGGGACCAUGCGCCCCGUCCGGAGGAACUUCUAUGACCCCUCCUCAGCGCCGGGGAAGGGCAUCGUGUGGGAAUGGGAGAACGACAACAGCUCCUGGACCCCGUACGACAUGGACAUCUGCAUCACCAUCCAGAACGCCUACGAGAAGCAGCACCCCUGGCUCGACCUCUCCUCCCUGGGCUUCUGCUACCUCAUCUACUUCAGCAGCAUGUCCCAGAUGAACCGGCAGACGCAGCGCAAGCGCCGGCUGCGGCGCCGCAUGGACCUGGCCUAUCCCCUCACCAUGGGCUCCAUCCCCAAGUCCCAGUCGUGGCCCGUGGGCACCAGCACGGGGACUCCCUGCUCCUGCCCCCAGUGCCUGCUGGUCAACAGCACCCGCGCUGCCUCCAACGCCAUCCUGGCCUCCCAGCGCCGCAAGCUGUACCCGGGGGCCGUGCGGCAGAGCAGCACCUUCGCCGGCCCAGCCCUAUGGCCCGUGGGCACGGGCGGCGCGGCCAAGGGCGAGGGGCUGCGGGUGCCCGGGGCCGGCUUCGCCCCCAGCCCCAACGCGCCCGGCUCAGCGCCGCUGCCGGGGCUCAACAACCUCAACCGGCCCGGGAGCCAGCGCGGGGCUGCGAUCGGCGCCCGAGCCACCGUGCCCGCAGGGGUCCCAGCUCUCCCAGUCAAGAACCUGAACAGCACCGGCCCCAUCCACCCGGCCCUCGCAGGGAUGACGGGAAUCCUCAUGUGCGCUGCGGGGCUGCCCGUCUGCCUGACCCGUGCCCCCAAACCCAUCCUGCACCCGCCGCCCGUCAGCAAGAGCGACAUCAAACCCGUGCCCGGCAUCAACGGCAUCUGCAGGAAGACCAAGAAGAAGCACCUCAAAAAGAGCAAGACCCCCGAGGACGUGGUCCGUCGCUACAUCCAGAAGGUGAAGAAUCCCCCGGAUGAGGACUGCACCAUCUGCAUGGAACGCUUGGUCACCUCCUCCGGCUACGAGGGUGUGCUCAGCCACAGGGGCAUCAAGCCGGAGCUGGUGGGCAGGCUGGGCCGGUGCGGGCACAUGUACCACCUCCUCUGCCUGCUGGCCAUGUACAACAACGGCAACAAGGACGGCAGCCUGCAGUGCCCCACGUGUAAGGCCAUUUAUGGGGAGAAGACGGGCACGCAGCCCCCCGGGAAGAUGGAAUUCCACCUCAUCCCCCAUUCCCUCCCGGGCUACACCGACUCCAAAACCAUCCGGAUCGUCUACGACAUUCCCACCGGGAUCCAGGGCCCCGAGCAUCCCAAUCCCGGGAAGAAGUUCACGGCGCGCGGCUUCCCGCGGCACUGCUACCUGCCCGACAAUGAGAAGGGCAGGAAGGUGCUGAAGCUGCUGAUCGUGGCCUGGGACCGGCGGCUCAUCUUCACCAUCGGCACCUCCAACACCACGGGCGAGUCGGACACGGUGGUGUGGAACGAGAUCCACCACAAGACCGAGUUCGGCUCCAACCUCACGGGCCACGGCUACCCGGACCCCAACUACCUGGACAACGUCCUGGCCGAGCUGCUGGCCCAGGGCGUCUCCGAGGCCACCCUGAAGGACUGAGGCCACGGUGAGGGGCUCCCGCCGCCUCCUCACCCCCCCCACCCCCCCGUGCCCCACAGCCGCCUCCUGCGCCGCUUCGCUGCCGACUCCGCAGCCCAGCCGGGUGGGCUCGGG